GCCUUUUUAAAUGGGGUUUCAACUACCCUCCACUGACCCAGUCAGUCCAAAUUGCGGUGUCCACUUGAUGCAUGGCGGUUUCCAAUGGGUUCGCCCGCUUAUACUUAGUUGCUAUUAACCACGUAGACCAGGCAAGUAACUCCCCCUCCCCUCCCCUACCUCCCUGGUGCCCCUGAAAUGGACCCAUCAGGCCUGCUUUUCAGCAGAUUGAAGUCUCAGCUCGUCAGCAUGGUUCAGUUUCUGUGUCUAUGAGCCAGGUUGCUCUUCAUUCACAAUCCUCGGGCGAGCUGGCAUGUACAAGCAUCCGCUAGUCUGGGAUACUCCCUGGAAUUUAUGGCCCUCUGCAACAGCCUCUUCAUUUCAACACUUGCUGGACCUUCCUUGGUUCUAACCGAGACAGGAAUAAGUGCUGUUUGUCUUGGUCCACGUGGCUAUCAUGACAGUACAGCAGAUGUUGGGCCAGCCAUCCCGACCUUCGUUUAACCUUCAGCGCAUCGACUUUUCUCGACUGCAUGUGGAUAUCGAUGCCUAUAUCAACCCAUUUCUUCCGCCCCCGCCUUGGCGGUAUUUGCCUCGACCGGUUUCGCGCUUCCUGGGGUACCGAGAACCUCCGAACCCCAAACCUCUCGGCAACCUGGUGGUGACCUUCUGGACCUUGAUCGGGGUAUUCUGCGGUGUGCUCGUCGUGGCGGAGACCUCAAUGCAUGUUCCGUUCUUUGAACAUCACAAUGCACCGAUCAUUGUGGCCAGCUUCGGCGCUGCUGCAGUGCUGGAAUUCUCGGCCAUCGAGUCACCCUUUGCGCAGCCACGAAACGCGGUCAUCAGCCAGGUCAUAGCGAGCACGGUGGGGAUCGGUAUCUCCAAGCUCUUUGCGUUGAAUGCCCAUGCUGCAUCCCUGCCUCAGAUCGGUGGCGCUCUGGCUUGUGCCAUCACCACGUGCCUCAUGGUCCUCACAAACACCGUGCACCCUCCGGCGGGCGCAACUGCUCUGCUCUCCGUCACCCAGUCGUCCGACGUCGGGUGGACUUUGAUCCUGGUUAUGUUCCUCGGAAGUCUAUUGAUGCAGGCCGUGGCGUUGCUGAUCAACAACAUCCAGCGUCGGUUCCCGGUCUACUGGUGGACGCCAGUGUCUCUGGCGCGCGCACCACCAAGCGACACCGAAAGCGGGGAGCGGAUCAACCGAGCCAGUUUCGAGACGGACAACACGCAGGAUGUCUUCCCGGGUAACCCGAGGCAGGUCCUCAUUGAGUCGGGCAGGAUCCUGUUGCCGAAUCAGUUUUCUAUUACGGAAGCCGAGCUGAAGGUUUUGCGGAGUCUCAGCGACCGAUUACCUUGAAUUCGUUUCAUCUGGGUGGGAUUACUAUAGAGGCUUUCGUUCCUGCCUGUACGUAGGAGAAAUCGAUCUCAUUGUUCAUUGAGGUUGAGGUAAAAGUAAGAUGCUACUAGUCGCUGAUCAUGGUUGCGAAUUGGUCAACAGCAGCCCCGGAUCCGGAAGUUCACCUGCAGAGGGCUGAUUGUUGCUAAUGUAUAGUUGUUACGGUGUGGUUGGG